AGAGCCUGGGCUCUGCUCUUCUGGGUACCCACUGCUAUCAGAGAGGCAGGGAAGAACCCUCAGGUCCAGGGUCAUCACCACUAGCUUUGCCUGUGUGUGGAUCUUGGGGGCCCAUGGCUACCAGGAUUGACUUCAAGGCCUGAAAUCCCUGGGGAUGCCACCCAGUCCCACAAGUCUACAUUCCCCUGCAGCUGAGCUGGGAGAUGGGCUCAGCUCCUGAACUUGCCCCAGACAGAAAGCAUAGCACACACUUGCCAGGGAGAACCUGCCUGAUUCUGGGCUACUCGGAGUGCAGCUGUCUUCCCUACAGCCCUGUCCCUUCUGGAAAAGCACUGGGCCAGCCCUGACCGCCUGGUGGAAGGUAGCCAAAUCUUGGAGAUGCAGAGUACAGCUAAUUACCUAUGGCACACUGAUGACCUGCUAGGGCAGGGGGCCACUGCCAGUGUGUACAAGGCCCGAAACAAGAAAUCUGGGGAGGUGGUUGCUGUAAAGGUCUUCAACUCAGCCAGCUACCGGCGGCCCCCCGAGGUGCAAGUGAGGGAGUUUGAGGUGCUGCGGAAGCUCGACCACCAGAAUGUCGUCAAGCUGUUCGCUGUGGAGGAAACGGGAGGCAGCCAGCAGAAGGUAAUCGUGAUGGAGCACUGUCCCAGCGGGAGCCUACUGAGCGUCCUGGAAGACCCCGAGAACGCAUUUGGGCUUCCCGAGGAGGAGUUCCUGGUGGUCCUGCGCUGUGUGGUGGCUGGCAUGAACCACUUGCGGGAGAAUGGCAUUGUCCACCGUGACAUCAAACCUGGGAACAUCAUGCGCCUGGUGGGGGAGGAGGGGCAGAGCAUCUACAAGCUGUCCGACUUCGGGGCUGCUCGGAAGCUGGAUGAUGAGGAGAGCUUUGUUUCUGUCUACGGUACGGAGGAAUACCUGCACCCUGACAUGUAUGAGCGGGCCGUGCUUCGCAAACCCCAACAAAAGGCGUUCGGGGUGACUGUGGAUCUCUGGAGUAUUGGGGUGACCCUGUACCAUGCAGCCACCGGUAGUCUGCCCUUCCUCCCCUUUGGUGGGCCCCGGCGCAACAAGGAGAUCAUGUACAGGAUCACGACAGAGAAGCCAGUUGGAGCCAUUUCAGGGACUCAGAGGCAGGAGAACGGGCCCCUGGAGUGGAGCUAUAGCCUCCCCAUCACCUGCAGACUGUCCAUGGGGCUGCAGAGUCAGCUGGUGCCCAUCCUGGCCAACAUCCUGGAGGCAGAGCAGGCCAAAUGCUGGGGCUUUGACCAGUUCUUUGCGGAGACCAGUGACAUCCUGCAGCGAGUCAUCCUCCAUGUCUUCUCCCUGCCCCAGGCUGUCUUGCAUCAUGUCUACAUCCAUGCCCAUAACACGAUUGCCAUCUUUUUGGAGGCUGUUUAUGAGCAGACCAACGUGCCUCCCAAACACCAAGAGUACCUCUUUGAGGGUCACCCUUGUGUCCUUGAUCCAAGCCUCUCAGCCCAGCACAUCGCCCCCACAGCUGCCAGCAGCCCCCUGAUUCUCUUCAGCAUGGCCAACGACGCGCCCAAGGGGCUGGCCUUCAGGGACCCUGCUCUGGACAUCCCAAAGUUCGUCCCCAAGGUGGACCUACAGGCAGAUUACAACACAGCUAAGGGGAUGCUGGGUGCUGGUUACCAGGCCCUGUGGCUGGCGCGGGUCCUGCUGGAUGGGCAGGCGCUGAUGCUUCGAGGGUCCCACUGGGUCCUGGAGGUGCUUCAGAACACGUGCCGGCAGACACUGGAGGUCACGAGGACAGCCCUUCUCUUCCUUAGCAGCAGCCUGGGCAUUGAAAGGCUCAGCAGUGGAGCUGGGAUGUCAGAGUUCCAGGAACUAAAGGAGGCCACAGAGCUGUGGUCCAGGCUGCAGACUUUCUCAGAGGUCCUCUCGAGAUGUUCCCACAAUGUCACAGAAACCCAAGUGAGCCUGAGCAGCCUGGGGAAAGAGAUUUUGAAGAACAGGAAUCAGAUCCACGAUGACAGCAGCAUCCAGAAAAUUCAGUGUUGUUUGGACAAGAUGCGCUUUAUCUACAAACAAUUCAAGAAAUCUAGGAUGAGGCCAGGACUCGGCUACAAUGAGGAGCAGAUCCACAAGCUGGAUAAGGUGAAUUUUAGCCACUUAGCCAAGAGGCUGCUGCAGGUGUUCCAGGAGGAAUGUGUGCAGAAGUAUCAGGUGUCGCUGGUCACACACACCAAGCGGAUAAGGCAGGUGCAGAAGGCCCAGAACCACCUUCACCUCCUUGGCCGCUCUGUGGCUGCCUGUAACACAGAAGCCCGGGAAGCCCAAGAGAGCCUGAGCAAGAUCUUUGAUCGGCUCCUUCUGGACAGAGCAUCAGGAGCUCAGAUCUCACCACACCCCACGGCUCCUCAUCCCAGUCCUGAUCCAGAGGACCUGGUCUUCCACAUGCAGGAGCUUUGUAAUGAUAUGAAGAUGUUGGCGUUUGAUCUCCAGGACAACAACCGUCUCAUUGAACGGUUACAUAGAGUUCCAUCCGCACCCGAUGUCUGAGAUCCCUGGGGUGCACAAGACACUCGGAAGCAUUAGUGUCGUUCAUACUGUACCUCUGCACCGUGAGACCAAAUUCAGGGCACGUUCCCGUCUUACCUCACCAGCCUACCUCCCUCUUGGCCACUGGCCAACAAACUAGCAUUACUUUGACAGCCUGUCCUCGUGGACAGCUGCGACAGGGCCUCCUAGCCAUCCUGGACAGUACCCACCGGAGAGCAUGCAGCUACUGUUGAGUCAUCCUGGCACCAAGACUGUUCCUCCUCACCCAGGCCUGGAGGGCUGAACUUAGGAGGGCCUUAGGAAGAGAGAAGGCUGAGUGUUCCCACCACAUUACACUUCCCAGGGACCAGUGGGCUCUUUCGGGGCUUCUCCAGGGUGCUGGAGCAGAGGACUUCGCCUUGCACACAA